AUGGGAUCGAUGCCAGAGAACGAGGUGCAAAAGGGCGUCGAGCAAGAUGACUUGGUUAUGCCGUUGAUCGACUUCGGCGCCUUCUUGCACGGCGACCCGGCCACGAAAAAAGCGACCGCCGACCAGAUCCUGCACGCGUUCAAAACAUCCGGGUUCCUGUAUCUCCAGAACCACGGGGUGCCCAAGGACCAAGUGUCGCUCGCCUUUGCGGAAUCGGCGCAGUUCUUCGCCCGGCCACAAGCGCAGAAGGACGCGCUAGGCUGGACCACGCCGGACGCGAAUCGAGGCUACGUGACCUGGGGCCGCGAGAAAGUCACGCAGUCCAGCAACCCGGAGGAGAUUGCCAAGCUGCGGGCGUCGAACCCGGACCUCAAGGAAUCGAUGGAGAUCGGGCGCGAAGGCGUGCCCGGCUUGCCGAACCAGUGGCCCGCGCAUCUGGACGCCGAGGGGCAAAAGUUCACCGAGGACAUGAAGCGCUUCUUCCUGACGCUGAAGGACCUGCACAUGCAGGUGAUGCGCGCCAUCGCCAUCGGCAUGAUGGGGCUCGACCACGAACGCUUCUUCGACAGCUACACCGACGCCGGCGACAACAACCUGCGGCUGCUGCACUAUCCGCCCGUAAAGCGGUCCGUGUGGCGCGACAACCCGUCGCAGGUGCGCGCCGGCGAGCAUUCCGACUACGGCUCCAUCACCCUGCUGUUCCAGGACCAGGUGGGCGGCCUGGAGGUCAAGUCGCCGCGCGGCACCUGGGUGCGUGCCACGCCCAUCGAGGGCACCAUCGUCGUCAACGCCGGCGAUCUGCUCGCCCGUUGGAGCAACGACAUGAUCAAAUCGACGAAUCAUCGCGUCAUCCAGCCGCCGCCGCCCAAGGAUGCCGCCGCCGAUGCCGAUCCGGACGCUUUGAUCCCGGCCCGCUACAGUAUUGCGUAUUUCUGCAAUCCCAAUUUCGACAGGCUGAUCGAGGCCCUUCCGGGCACGUGGGAGGAGACCGGCAAGAAAUAUGAGCCCAUCAAUAGCGGCGAUUAUCUGGUCAUGAGACUUGCUGCUACAUAUUGA